CAAUAAACUUUAUAGAAAAUGUUGCAAUCUUUUUUGACAAAUUCAUAAAUUUGCGUUUUACCCAUUUUCAACAUAGUUAUUAUAUAUUAUAUAACGUUUUUUAAUAAAUUAAAUCUCAUAAAUUACUGCAAAAGGGUCCUACACUAAAAAAAAGUAGGCAACACCACCUCAGUCAUCUGUUCUCGAGAAAUGCCACGUGUCUUCCAAAACCUUCAUAUAAUGACUGCCAAAAAACCUCAAUCGCUCAAAUUGACGUGCCGGUGCUUUUUCCGCACGAGGACCACCGCCGUCUGUUACAGUGUUAUUCGCUCCGUCCCCAUUUUGCUAUGAUACGCCACCUCCUCCGGCGCAUUUUAGCAUCCCCGACACUGCAUCGAAGCCCUAGGGCCUCCAUCUUUGCCCCUUCAUGUGCAAAUCGAAGAUGAAUGUUCGCGUAAUCAAAUCGAAAAUCUCGAAUUCACGAACCGCGCGAUCCGCGAAGUCAUCUUCCCAACCAUCGCAACAAGCUACGCGCGCGUCUUCGAUCGGAGAACCGUCGUCGGGCAGUUUCACGGACGGCAACUACACCAGCGGUUCGAGCUACAGGUACUUGUCGGGAUCGUCGUCGACAUCGACACAGGCAGCUCUGUCAACCAUCAAAGAGUCCUUAGCAGAUAACGCUCACAUCUACGAGUUCUCUGAAAUUUGCUCUGCCACCAACAAUUUCGCGCUCGCCAAACGCUUCUCCUCCUCUUCUUGGCGGUGCAGCAUCCGCGGCAAAGACGUCGUCGUUUUUCAGCGAAAGUUCCGCCGCCCGAUGGAGCUGCAGGAGCUCCGUGAGAGGCUUGGGACGAUCUGCAAGUGCCACCAUAUGAGCGUAAUCAAGCUUCUCGGCGCUUCGAUCUCCGGUAAUUACAUUUAUCUGGUGUAUGACUACGUCCACGGCGCUAACCUCGCGGAGUGUCUGAGGAACCCUAGAAAUCCUAAUUUCACCGUGCUCUCGAACUGGCUCUCAAGAAUGCAGAUCGCUGCCGACCUUGCGCACGGCCUCGAUUACAUCCACCACAGCGCCGGCCUGGACCGGAAAUUCGUCCACAACCGCAUCAAGAGUUCAAGCAUCGUCGUCACGGAACCAUCCUUGAACGCGAAAAUCUGCCAUUUCGGCACUGCCGCCCUCAGCGGCGAGAUCGCGGUAGAAGAUCUCAAAAAUUCGACGGAAAGUAAGAUCGAAUUGCAGCGAUCGAGGAGCCGAGUGAUGAGAAUCGAAGGGACGAGGGGGUACAUGGCGCCGGAGUUCCAGAGCACAGGAAUCGCGACUCGAAGGACGGAUGUCUACGCGUUCGGGAUAGUGAUUCUGGAGCUGUUGUCGGGGAAGGAGCCAUUGAAGUAUCGAGUGGACGAAGAGAGCGGGGGGUACGAGAGGGAGAGCGUGAUCGAGGCGGCGAGGGGGGCGGUGGACGACGGGCGGUUGCGGCAGUGGGUGGACCGCCGGUUGGGGGAUUCAUACCCGGUGGGGGUGGCGGAGGCGAUGGCGCGUAUGGGAUUGGAGUGCGUGGAUGCGGAUCCGGGUAAGAGGCCGGAUAUGGGUCGGGUGGCAGGCACGGUGUCGAAGCUGUAUCUGGAAUCGAUAACGUGGGCGGAGAAAAUGGGCGUACCCACAGACUUCUCGGUCUCUCUCGCCCCUAGAUGAUAAUGAAAGCAAUUGCUAUUUGUAAAUGUCUUGGUAGACCUGUUGUAAAGUGAAUAGCAUAGGAUUCCUUGAAACGAUUGAACUAAAAUGAAAAGAAAAAACGAAAUGGAUUGAAAAAAGAAAAUAGAGAAGUUAUUUAGAUUAGGGAAUUGAUCAAGCACAAAGACCAUAUUGGAAUUGCUCAAUUUUAAGAUUCAUUUUCUUCAUGUCUAUCUUUUACAUAAAUAGAAAGAGGCGAUAUUUGGAUCCCCGAGUAAUUCUUGUGAUCAGAAAAAUAUCACAGGGGUUUGCGACCAAGUGCUUUUAUCUUA